AUGGAGCAUCGAAACACUUUUAAGCUCAACAAGGUGGUUCCGUGGCCAAGAUCUACCAUGAGAUCGUUCACGGCGGACAGCAACUCGUCCUACGUCAAGGAUAUUCACGAGCAGAUUGACGUACGCGCCGACUCUCUGUGUGCAAUCGGAAAGACGACAAUCAGGCAUCGAAUCGCCAAGCGUGUUGAGACUUCCACACGUCUGUCCAGCGAGCUACUCAAAGGCGACGACUUCUAG